UCCAAGACAUUUGGAACUCUGCAUUCAAUUGAACACUUUGUUUGUUAGCUCAAACAUUUCCGUCUACCUUCAAAUACGACAUCAAUUUAGUACAUCAUGUCACACGCAGACGCAGAAGACGCGCAGUUUCAGAAGGAGGUUCAGGAGGUGAAGCAAUGGUGGACCGACUCAAGAUGGCGAUUCACCCGAAGGCCAUUCACCGCAGAGGAGAUUGUCGCAAAGAGAGGCAACCUUAAGAUCCAAUACCCAAGUAAUAGCCAAUCAAAGAAGCUCUGGAACAUCGUGGAACAACGAUUCAAGAACAACGAUGUCAGCUACACAUAUGGCUGUCUUGACCCGGUUAUGGUUACACAGAUGGCCAAGUACCUAGACACUGUAUACGUCUCUGGCUGGCAAUGUUCAUCAACAGCAUCUUCGACCGACGAGCCUGGUCCAGAUCUGGCAGAUUACCCCUACACCACUGUACCUAACAAAGUUGGCCAUCUCUUCAUGGCACAGCUUUUCCACGACCGAAAGCAGCGCGAAGAGCGCUUGACCACACCAAAAGCAGACCGUGCGAAGCUCGCGAACACUGACUUCCUCCGACCAAUUAUUGCCGAUGCAGAUACUGGACACGGAGGCCUGACAGCAAUUAUGAAGCUCACGAAGCUGUUUAUUGAGAAGGGCGCCGCUGGUAUUCACAUCGAAGAUCAAGCGCCAGGCACAAAGAAGUGUGGCCAUAUGGCUGGAAAAGUGCUCGUACCAAUCAGCGAGCACAUCAACCGAUUGGUUGCUAUCCGUGCUCAGGCAGAUAUCAUGGGUACCGAUCUCCUCGCGGUCGCCCGUACCGAUUCUGAAGCCGCUACCCUCAUCACUUCGACCAUUGACCCACGCGAUCACUACUACAUCAUGGGUUGUACAAACCCGGCACUCCAGCCACUCGGCGAGCUCAUGUACGCUGCUGAGCAAGCUGGAAAGAAUGGUGCACAGCUCCAGGCGAUCGAAGACGCAUGGACGAAGGAGGCGAACUUGAAGCUUUACCACGAGGCUGUCAUUGACACGAUCAAUGCCGGUGUACACGUUAACAAGCAAGACCUCAUCCAGCAAUUCUUGCAGAAGAGCAAGGGCAAGAGCAACUCCGAGGCUCGUGCCAUUGCACAAGGCUUGACAGGCGUCGAUGUCUACUUCAACUGGGAAGCUGCCAGGACGCGAGAGGGCUACUACAGGUACCAGGGUGGCUGCGAAACCGCCAUCAACCGCGCCGUUGCCUACGCACCCUACUGCGACAUGAUAUGGAUGGAGUCGAAGCUGCCCGACUUCGCCCAAGCGAAGGAGUUCGCAGACGGUGUCCAUGCCGUCUGGCCCGAGCAAAAACUCGCAUACAACCUCUCUCCCUCCUUCAACUGGAAGACCGCCAUGCCCCGCGAUGAGCAAGAGACGUACAUCCAGCGUCUCGCCAAGCUCGGUUACUGCUGGCAAUUCAUCACGCUUGCUGGUCUGCACCAGAGUGCGCUCAUGGCGGACACCUUCUCGAAAGCGUAUGCCAAGCAGGGUAUGCGUGCGUACGGCGAGAUCAUCCAAGAGCCGGAGGCGGAGAACAAGGUCGAUGUUCUUACGCAUCAGAAGUGGAGUGGAGCGAAUUAUGUGGACAAUAUGCUCAAGAUGGUUAGUGGCGGUGUGAGCUCGACGGCGGCGAUGGGUAAGGGUGUUACGGAGGAUCAGUUCAAGUAAAUAUUACGGAAUGGGAGUAGGAGCGAUGAGUGAAGACUACCAAUUUGGAAAAGUAAUUUCUCUUCUUUCGGCAAUUAUGAGCCAAGCAUACAUCGUGGCAUUGUAUAAUCAUCGCAAGUGUCUAAAGUGGAGGGUGUAGAAGUUUUGACAUUGUCACAGUAACUGUCG